AUGGACACAGAGUACUACAAAAAGCUAGCACUGUCCAUACUAGAAAAUGACUCCUUCUAUGAAAAAGUUGCAAAUUACAGGCAACAAAAAACCUUAAAAAAUCUUGAAACUCUAAUACUCAAACUCGGAAAAGGCCUAACAGAAAAAGAAAAAGACUACAUUACCAACUUUAGAUGCAAACCCAGCCUUUUCUAUGGCCUCCCCAAAAUUCACAAGAGUCAAACAAUUACUAAUGCCUGCAAAAAAAAUCCAGGCCUGUGCAUAAAUAUUCCAACACCAGAAGACUUAACAUUAAGGCCUAUUAUUGCUGGUCCAGCAUGUGAAACACACCGCCUUAGCAACUUUCUCGACAUAAUACUGAAGCCCUAUCUCAAAUACGUCAAAAGUUUCAUCAGAGACGAUUUGGACAUACUAGAGCACCUACCAAAAACCACCGACGAAGAAGCUCUAUUAGUCUCCUUCGAUGUCAUCAACCUCUACACUUACAUUCCACACGACUAUGGAAUAGAGGCAAUAAAAUUCUGGUUGGAAAAACACCCCGAAGCUCUACCGGACCGCAUAAACCAGACAUUUAUCAUUGAAUCCCUGAAGUUCAUCCCUCAAAACAACUACUUCAUAUUCGAUACAACAUACUAUCGCCAAAAAUAUGGUAUUGCAAUGGGUACUAAAGCUGCGCCUGUUCUAGCGAACCUAAUAAUGGGUUACUUUGAAUCUUCCCUGUAUGAACACUAA